AUUAGAAAAUGGCGGCAACAUCUGAAAGAAUGAAGACCAGCGGACCUUGACGAGGAAGUAGCUUGGUUAUUAUGUUUAGUCGUUUCUUGGCUCUAUUUAAUGGCGGAAUGAGGGCGUACAAGAUACAAGACGUUAAACGACAAGCUAGAAUUGGAGUGACAGCAAAGUCACUAAAGGAGCUUGUAGAAAAAGGUUGUGAAAAACUAAAGAUUCCGUUGGACGAUGUGCACGUGGUGAUAGAGGAUGACGGAACGCUCGUUGAUAGCGAGACGUUCUUCAAAAAGCUUCCAGCUCAAACCGUUUUUGUCUUCUUGAGAGAUGGUCAGAUCUGGAGAGGAGCUGGAGCGAUGAUUCACGAAGCGCUGAGUAAACUGUCCAACGUGACGCACCGUGCAGAGAUUGCCAGCCAGAUCCGAGAUCUGAUGGGGGAUGAGAACUCUCCGGAGAAGAUCCACAUCAUGUCGCAGUAUCUCGAUAUGUUGGAGACUGACCCAGCUACGGAAUUCAGAUACGAAAAUGAAGACUGGUUCGAAGGUUUAAAUAAGAAGUACAAGUCAAAGAGUGAAUGGAUGAGGAAUUCUGCCCAGACAAGAAUCAGAAGUUAUUACAUCAGUGCUAAAGAACAAAUUGAGAAAGAGAGCGACGCUAAAACCAAAGAACUUCUGUUGGAUCUGUUAGAGGAAUUGUAUGAGCAGCUGAAAUCAAAAGACUUUCACGCCGGUUAUUUUGAUCGCACGGCUAGAUCGUCCGACCGGAUCUGUGACCCGAAAGGCUGGUUCAAGUGCGAAGGAGCGUUUGAUAUGAAACAGUGCGACAAGCAACACACUAUCAACCCGUAUGCAUCCCUUGGCUAUCGACAGCUGUUUGGGUUGUGGAAUCUAGAUCAUAUAAUUGAGAAAUCUCGAGAGGUGAUUCCCACUCUGAUAGAGGCUGCCAAGAAGAAACCGAAGAACUUGGAACUCGACUGGUCGAAUGUUUAUAAACUGUUGUUCACGCGGAAAAAUCUUAAACUCGUACAGGUCAGCUGUCACAAAAAGGCAGCGAGAUCGUCGGCUAAUUGUAACAUCAGUGACUUUUAUACAGAAUCUUAGUACAUUGUCUUAUAUAGAAUUUUUAUACAUUGUAUUACACUUCAUAAUUAAUUGCAACAUCAGUGACUUUUUUAUGCAUAGAAUUUUAAUAUGGUAUUAUAUAGAAUUUUUAUUAUUUUGUAUUACACUUAGAAGCUAAUUGCAGAAUCUUAAUACAGUAAAACCCUCAGUAAAUUGGAAUUUCGUCAAAACCAGAUGUUUAGCAAGGUACAUUUUUUAAAUAUCAGUACAGAACAGAACCUUUCUAAACUGGAUACCUCUUAAAAGUGGACUUUUUAUUUGAUCCUAUUUAUGUCCAGUUUAGAGGGUGUUUCUCUGAACAUUGUAUUAUACAGAAUCAAUAUAUAAUGUAUUACACUUCAAAGCUAAUUGCCACAUUAAUGAAGGAAGGAAAUGUUUUAUUUAACGAUGCAUUCAACUCAUUUUAUUUACGGUUAUAUGGUGUCGAACAUAUGGUUAAAGACAACACAGAUAUUGAGAGAGGAAACCCACUGUCGCCACUUCAUGGGCUACUCUUUUUCAAUUAGCAGCAAGGGAUACGUACCGCCCCUGCCACAUUAAAGACUUUUUACACAUAAUCUUAAUACAUUAUAUGUAUUAUAUGGUCAUUAUAUGUAUUAUAUGGCCAUUAUAUGUAUUAUCUGGUCAUUAUAUGUAUUAUAUGGUCAUUAUAUGUAUUAUAUGGUCAUUAUAUGUAUUAUAUGGCCAUUAUAUGUAUUAUCUGGUCAUUAUAUGUAUUAUAUGGUCAUUAUAUGUAUUAUAUGGUCAUUUAAACUUAGAUUAUGUAUACAUUGUAAGCUAAUUACAACAUGAGUGACAUUUUUAUUAUUAUUAUUUUUUAAUACAAUUUUUAGAGAUUUUGAAUACAUUGUUACACACUUCACAGCAUUUGUUAAGCCAGUUUGUUGCACUUUUAAGCCAUAUUUAUAUAUUGUUUAAAACAAUAUAUUAGUUAUUUUUUUAAUACCAUUGAAUAGAAGAAAAAACGCAAAUAUUUACUUGUGUCGACGACCACAUCAACUUUUACAUUUAGCUCAACAUUAAAGUUUAGCAUUUAACUCCAUUUUCCAUCUGUCAAACUUACCAUUCAUUUGUCAUCCAACAGCUGAUGAUUAAUUACUGUGCUCUAUUGGUGUCAUCAAGCAAAACAAACCAACUGCGCAUAAAAUCAUGAUGUGCAAUGAUUGUACUCUUGUACUGUACGCAGCUAUAAACAUUCCUGAAUAAACAUAUAUUUUGAUUA